CGUAUGAUUUGCAAUUACAUUUUGCUAAAAAGCACAAGCAGCAAGCUCUCGGAAUCUUCACUGUACGGUACACGCCCUAAGAAAUAAUGGCAGACGAAACAAGUAAUACCGCUGUGGAACAACAAAAAGAGGAAUCUACCCCUGCCCCAGAGGUUCAAAAAGAAGUAGAAAAACCAGUUGAAAAUGGGGAAAGUACGGAGGCAAAAGCUACAGAAGAAGAAAAGCCAGAUGAGACAAAAACAGACGGUGAGGCUGCCGGUGCAGAAGGCGCGGACGAUAAGCAAAACGAAACGCCGGCUGAAAACCCGUUAGAAGCACCAACAGAAAACCCAAUUGGCGAAGAAGAUUUCGAAAAAUUGUUAUCAUACGCUGAUGCGAAUGAAGAGGGCUGGGAAAAAAUGAAAAAUAAGCACAAGGGCUUGACUCUUUAUAAGCGAACGGACAAAACAGAAAAGAAUGGAAUGUCUUUGGUGAAGGGUGUUUUCGAUUUGUCCGGGGUUUCGUUUGACCGAGCCGUGGAACUGUUUACGGAUCUUGACGAGCGGAAAAAAUGGAACAAGAAAGUACAAUCUGAAGUUCUGGAAACAAAUGAAGAUUUUAGAAUUUUGUACACCCUUAUCAAGCUGCCUCCACCAUACACGAACCGUGACCUAGUGCAGUGUGUUGCAGCGAAGAAAUCCGAAGAGCCGAAGCAGAAUGCUUACGUGUUUAAACCCUGCAACCACCCAACUAAACCUCCUACCAAAACCACGAUUACAAGGGCUGAGCUAUUGUACGGUGGAAUGGUGGUAAAGGCCGGUGAGGAUGAGAACUCUAGCCAAGUUAUUGUUGUCAAUCAAAUCAACAUGAAGGGCUGGAUACCGAAGGCUAUUCUACACAAAAUGAAUAAUAUCUACCCGGCUAACUUGUUCGAUGAUUUAUCAAGCUUCUUGAAGAAAGCUGCUGCAGCUGCCGCAGCAGCUGAGAAGCAAAAAGAAGCAGAUGCUGCAGCUGCCGCCGCCGCUGCUGCUGCUGCCGCUGAAAACGGCAAGGAAGAAGGUGAUAAGGCCGAAGCCAAAGAUGGCGAGAAGAAGGAAGAGACAGAAGAAGCUGCCGCCGAACCAGAGAAGAAAGAAGAGGAAAAGAAAGAGGAAACUCCUGAACAGAACGGAGAGAAAGAAGAAACAAAGGCAGAGGAGGCUCCCAAGGCAGAAACUAACGGAGAUGCGGAGGAAAAGAAAGAGGAGAAGACCGAGGAAGCUGCCAAAGAAGCAUCGUAGCUAUGCUGUAAUUUGUAGAACAGGCUUGGCAUAGGGUCUUCUGUAAUCAUUACGAUAACGAUUCAUUAAUGCAAGGAGGUCCCGAAUAAUCCAAUGACCAACAUAUAGGCUGUUGAUAAAUCCACAAGCGGAUUAAUUAUUAUAUUAAAUUUGUGAGUUGGAAGGUUCGAUAUUUUUAUUUCUUGAUUGUAUGUCCAAGUUAGUCGUGCUACGAGACUUCUGAAAUACUGUCGAUAUGUGUUUUCUUGUCAUCAGCAUAAUUGUCGAUUUUGUUACAGUUCUUUUGUCUUUAUAGUAUUACAAUAAUCAAUAUAAAUAAAAAAAAUAUGAAUAAUACCAACAAUAUUGUUUUUUGUUGACCUCAUAAAUUUUAAUACGGUACAAUUCAAGCAAUUAUUACAUGAUAUAUAUAUAAUGCCGAUGACUAAAUUAGAAACAGUCAUGUUAUUAGCUGUAGUGUAAAAAUCAUAAUAUUUUCUUUAAUUUGUAUUUAAUUUAUCAGUUAUUUUUCCAUAUCAGUAUUUGCUGUAACAGUAUAUGCCUACAUUACAAUAGGCUUUGCAAUUUGGUUUCUAUUAAUUUGCAUAUAAAAACCUACUUUGUUAGGGUUUCUACGUAAUGUAAUUCGAUAGCUGCAAGUCUUUUUUUUUUUUAACUUGGAAGAUAGACGAAAUGAGUGUUUUUUGCAGCUAGUAGAAAAUGAUUCGUAAGCAACAGACAUUUUCUCAUAGUAGUACGCUUGCGCGUACCAAAAUAUCACCCAUCUGGGACGCAUGGUGUAAGCGGAGGUAGGCCUCAGAAUUAGCCGUAAAGAAUAACAUGCGUCUGCUCGGUGUUAACUUAUUUCGAGAUAUUAUUACUCAUGUUCAGCCAAUCAUUAGGCGUAACUGUUUAAGAUAUUAAGGUUUAAACUUCUUAAAGAAAUUGUAAAAAUACAAACAAUUGCGUUUCAGUUUGACAGAGAUAGAACGGAUUUAGUUUCGUCUUGUUUGGUGUGAGUGGAUUGUGUUCACUUUUGAUGUACUGUAUUAUCUACGCCAAUUAGACACGAAAUAAUAAAUUAAGAAGUACAGUAGUUGUGACCAAGUAAACAUCACAUUCCCAUUACAACCAUUAAGUAACCUAAGAUAAGAGCUGUAAUCUUCCAUUGUAUGUCCAGUCUUUCAUUCUCUUUGAACGUUCCAUAUGCGUUUAACAUUACCAUGGUGAUCUUAUACCAACAAUGAUAUCAGCACAUUGCAGAACUGUGUUAUUGGAUAAUGAAGUAUGUAGAGGUUAUUUGUUCGUAGUUUACCGUGGAUCCUCCUUUAAAACUGUCACAUGAGGGCACGAACAAGUACUAUUGUUGUAAAGUGUAUAGCGAGUAGAAUUAUGGCAUUUUAAAAUGCAUGGAAUGAGUAUCAUUUUUUGAACGUUGUUUCUUUUAAAAUGUUAUCUAAAUUUUUUGUAGCCUUCAGAAGAAAUGAAAAGAUAAAAAUACUAGAAAGUUUUGCACGGUAAAUAAUUUGUAAAAGAAAACCGUGUUUAGUUUCAGUUGUAGCUCUGUCUCUGUCUUCCUGUUUUUAAUAAUGCAAUUUAUUUUCCAGUUUAUUCGGACACAGGGGAUGUUCAUAAUUUGUAUGCGCUUGUGUUAUUUUUUACGACAAGAUGUCGACUAGUUGAUUGAUAAGGAUUUGAAGGUGAAGAAUGGAGAAAGAAUGAUUGUUAAACGUAUGGAAAUAAGUUACUAAAACACUUUGUUGGCGAAUGGACUUUUUUCUUGCUACAACUAUCAAUGCGUAUUAUGCAGUUCUUUUUAUUUGCUUGUAUAUUUUUUUACACGAGAUAUACAAUAUUACUACAUUUUGAUAUUGGCAUCAAACCAAAUAUUUUUACUGUUGUACAAGUAGACAUAGGGCCUAGGUAUAAAUUUACAAUGGGAAAAUGUGACUACAGACGUCUACAUAAGCAAAUGUUGCUGGACCAUAAAUGUUGCGUAGUUAUAUAAGUUUUGCAUGGUAGAAAUUGUUACAUUAGGAGGCGUAAGAAACUUGGUGUGUCAUUUUUAAUUUCUAUUUUCCGCUCCAAGUGAUUUGAUCGCGGAAUGUACAGCAACGCCUUUCCGAUGUUAUGAAUGCAUUUGGUCACGGAUGUUUUUGUUCAAUAUUUGCAUCCAUUUUUCACAAUGUUUAUCGGAUUUCUUUUUCUACAAUUUUCAGCGAUGUGUUGAGGAAGCUUUAAUAUUAUUGUACGUAUUUCUUCAUUAUGUUAAAGUGACGUCAUAAUCAAACUACAGUAACUCUGUAAACCAGUGGGAUUCACAGUAAAACGUAAAUUUAAACGUUUUUUCAAGACGUUUAUUAGUGUAAGUUAUUGGUUCUUUAUUAGAUAAGUGAAUGUAUAUACAGUGAGGUAGCCUUAUAUGUAGUGAUAGCAAGUUUAGUCCUUACUACGUCGUAAGCUAGUGUAGUGUAGUAAUAAUGGUUGUGAGAUGAACAGCGGGACAAGUCGACACUGAAGAUGCGUCAAAAUUACUUCACGCUCAAAACAAAUCCUCUUUGAUAGGCCUAGGCAGUAACUAUGCUUUUGCGCUUCUGCGCACGCUCAUAUUCGAUCAAUGUCUUGUUUUAUUCUGAGCCUACUUUAAGCAAUUUUUCUUCCAUUUUAUUUCAGUUGUGCUUCUACUAUUCGUUGGUGCUUCUAGAACUAGAUCAAUUUCAAGAAAAUAAUCUUAUUUUUUUUAGAAAUAUAUAGGCCCUACUACUGUGCUGUUUUCCUUUGUAUUAGGCUUCUGUUAAGAAACGUUCAUUCCAAAUAACGCCGCAGUGUACAUAGAAAAUGCGCUAAAGAUCGGGAAAAAAGCAUGAUUCGUGUUUAUUAAAUCGAAUACUGCUAUGAUUGGUAGAGUUUUAAGAUAAAACAAACUCAAAUGUAUAAUGAAGGGCGGGGAUAUUAUAGGCCUACUGUAAUUUCAAAUUAUGCUUUUAAGAGUCCUGCGCAAGGCUACAUAGUAGUUGGAAGAAUGUCAAUAGCGUAAAGAGCUGAUGCAAUAUCGAAACAAUUAAGGCUAUCGCGGUGUUUCUCAUGAAAAUGUGAAACUCAGUGCUGUAUUUGACUCAAACCCGAUAAACCAUAUUUCGAUACUUGUAAUUUGAGAUGGAUAGCUACCUCUAUGGUGUUACAGGGUAGUAAUAUAUAAAGCUAAACAUAUCAACACGAAGACAGCGUUUUCUGCGUAUUAUUCGUGGAUCGUUUUAUCACAUUUCUGAUCGUGUGUGUGAGAGUAUUUGGAUGAAGGAUCAAUGCACUUUACUGUAUUUUCUUGUUAAGUGUGCCUAGUGAAUUUCAACAGUUUUUUUCUUAAAAAUUAAACUGUAAGUCUUUCUAAAAGACCAAUGCAGUUAAUAAUCCGCCCGUUUGCUUAGUAUGGCAAGCUUUGGAUGGCGUGUAAAUAAGCCGAUAAAACCCUCCUAUAAAUGUUGGUGAUCGGGCGCUGAUAUGGUUACAGAACGCUUCAAAUAUCGGGAGCCCAUUUUGUGUUGGUGUGCAAAGGAGUUGAAUUUAUCUCAACCUUAAACUAAGAUCAUACUGUCCUACUCGUUACGUUGGCAUUUUAGAAUAGUUUUUAUGAUAUUGACAAAUAAAACAUCAAGAAAAAUUUACUGUAUAUGAUAAUUUUAGGUAAGCAGUUUAAAGUUCAACAAAUGUUGUGAGGAAUAUGAAGCCUAUGAAUGCUGGGAACGAUUUAAAAUCUCCCACAAAUCAAUCAUUUUGGUCUUGUUAUUUUUCAUUCAGCUUUAGUCGGACUCAUUAUAUAUUGACGGCAUCAGUUAGGGAACAGCAAUUGGCCAAUUCUAAGUAAUCGUAGAUUAGUAACGUUACCGUAUAUCAGCAUCAACUUCGUCUUGUGAAUGUAUAGUUAACCCUGUAUACACGAUAUUAAAUUGUCUCGUCUCAGUGUUACAGCAAA